AUGGAAACAGCAGCAAAAAGAGAGUAUAUAACAACUCAGAAAAAAACACACAAAAAGUUCAAGGCCACUAACACUGGGCUUGCUGUGGAUAAGGACACUCGUUUUUUGGCAGCUAGUUCCGACAUGGAAACCUCCUUCAUGAAAGAGCGUCUGGACUUCCCAGAACGUUCACAAGAUCAGUCUGUCUGUUGUGAUGAUUGUGAAACCUGGGUGCACUAUGGCUGUGCUGGUGUCACAGAGGAAACAGUGGAAUCAAUUGAUCAGUUUGUCAAGGAGAAGCAAACUAAAGAAAGGGAAAAAAGACAGGCUGAGCGGGAGCGCCGAGAGGCUGAGCUGAAGGUUGAGCGGGAGCGCCGUGAGGCUGAGCUGCAGGUUCAGCGGGAGCGCCGUGAACUUGAGGACCAGCGCCGUGAGGCUGAGCUGCAGGUUGAAUGGGAGCGCCGUGAGUUUGAGGCAAAGAUGCGGGAAAUAGAACAUUCGAGGGAGUGUAACUUGAACAACUUCGGCACUACACAACGACUGAGGACACGAGAUGGCAGUCCAGACUUGUUUGCGGAAUCUCGUGGCGGAAGUCAUACUGUGAUUGUACGAGACAGCCCGGAUGUGCAACAGGUUAGACUCAACCGGUCUGACAAUGAACAAAGGCGUCAAUAUACACCAGCAAAGCAGCAAUCCUCUUGA